AUGGAGAACACUACAUCAAGCCGAAAUAUUCGGCCACCAAAAGAUGGGAAACUUAUUACAAUUCUUAGCAUCGAUGGAGGAGUUAGAGGAAUAAUCCCUGGAGUUAUUCUCACAUACCUAGAAUCACAACUUCAGGGUUUUAAUAUUGAAAUCUAUGUUGUGGUCGUGGCGGUGCAGGAGCUAGAUGAUUCAGACUCAAGACUCGCAGAUUAUUUUGAUGUGAUUGCAGGAACAAGCACAGGCGGUCUCAUAACGGCCAUGGUGACUGCACCAAAUGAACAUAAUCGACCUUUAUAUGCUGCCAAAAAAAUAGUUCCUUUCUAUCUUCAACACUCUCCUAAAAUUUUCCCCCAAACCAGUGGACCACUUUCCAAUAUCAUCUAG